UUUAAUUAAUUUUGGACUUUUACUAUAUAAACCACGUAAUGAAACUUAUAACGAAAAGAAGAAGACUGCCUAGUGACAAUUUUGACAGCAAGGAGUUCCUGUAGAAUCUCGUGUUGAUUUAUAUCGAUUUAACUUCAAAAAAUUAAAAUGUUUGGGGGAGGAAGAGCGCCUAUUCUAGUUUUAAGUCAAAAUACUAAACGAGAAUCCGGCCGAAAAGUUCAGUUGGAGAACAUCAAUGCCGGGAAGCAAAUCGCCGAUGUUAUAAGAACAUGUUUGGGUCCCCAAGCAAUGUUGAAAAUGUUAAUGGACCCCAUGGGAGGUAUUGUGAUGACCAAUGAUGGAAAUGCUAUUCUACGAGAAAUCACAGUACAACAUCCUGCUGCUAAAAGUAUGAUAGAAAUUGCAAGAACACAAGACGAAGAGGUAGGUGAUGGUACUACUUCUGUAAUUGUCUUGGCAGGUGAAAUGUUAGCUGCUGCCGAACAAUUCUUGGAACAACAAAUACAUCCUACUGUUAUUAUUCGUCAGUACAGACAAGCACUUGAGGAUAUGGUUCAAUUAUUAGAAGGACCUUUGAGUGUUCCCAUUGAUAGAAACGAUAAAAAUGCCUUGGCAAAAGUGGUAAAUGGCUGCAUUGGUACGAAGUUUUUGAGUAAAUGGUCCGAUUUAGCAGUAAAUAUUGCGCUGGAUGCAGUAAACACAGUAUUACUAGAGGAGAACGGUAGAACGGAAGUUGACAUUAAAAGAUAUGCUAAAGUUGAAAAAAUUCCCGGUGGAUCAAUUGAAGAUUCUAAAAUUUUGAAAGGCGUCAUGCUUAAUAAAGACGUAACUCAUCCGAAAAUGAAAAGAUACAUUCAGAACCCGAGAAUUAUUCUUUUGGAUUGUGCUUUGGAAUAUAAAAAAGGAGAAUCUCAAACUAACGUUGAAAUAACCGCCCAAACGGAUUUCACUAAAUUAUUAGAACUCGAAGAGGAACACGUGAAACGUCAAUGUGAUGAAUUAAUUGCCCAUAAACCGGACGUGGUAUUUACAGAAAAAGGAAUUUCCGAUUUAGCUCAACACUAUUUAUUAAAAGCCGGAAUAUCUGCCAUUCGACGUGUCAGAAAAUCAGACAAUAAUAGAAUAGCGAGAGCUUGCGGCGCCACAAUAGUCAACAGAACUGAAGAACUACAAGAAAGCGAUAUUGGAACCGGAGCAGGUCUCUUCGAAAUCAAAAAAAUAGGGGAUGAAUAUUUUUGUUUCGUCAUUGAAUGCAAAAACCCAAAGGCCUGUACGAUCCUUCUAAGAGGAGCUAGUAAAGAUAUCCUGAACGAAACCGAAAGGAACCUCCAAGACGCCUUACAAGUCGCUAGGAACAUCGUUUUAUCUCCUCGUUUAGUACCAGGAGGUGGAGCUAUAGAAAUGGCCGUAGCGCAACGUCUCCUGCAAAAAGCAACGCACGGACCUUACAGAGCACUUGCACAUGCUUUAGAAAUUGUUCCUAGAACUCUAGCUCAAAAUUGUGGAGCUAACACGAUCAGAACAUUGACUGCUUUAAGAGCUAAACAUGCAAAUCAUACGGAUGCUAACAAACCUUGUACUUGGGGCAUAGAUGGAGAAACCGGGGAAUUAAUAGAAAUGGAUAAAAAGGAAUUGUGGGAACCAUUAGCCGUGAAACUCCAAACGUAUAAAACUGCUAUUGAAACUGCGAUACUUUUGUUGCGCAUUGAUGAUAUCGUAUCCGGAUCAAAGAAGAAUAGUGGAAAGGAACCCCCGACGCCCAGUCAGGUGCAGCAGCAAGAAGCUAAGGAAACCGAAUAAUAAGUUUUCGUUGUUUUUAUUUUCUUUAAUUAAUUAAUUUAAUUUUUUUUUGUUUGUAACACAAGCACCAGUAAGAUGAGGCUUGCGACGUUUCAUUUCCGCUAAUAAUAAACUUUUUUGCAAUUA